AUGACGUCAUUGCACUUCGGGUUGCUGGCGCUUUUGCCGGCGCUUUUUCUGGCCACCCGAUCGUGGCCAGAAACUUCUACACAUCAUCCACUGGUCACUCCACAUAAUACGUCUCAAGUGGUGCUGGAAUGUGCUCCAGCCGAAAAUUUCAUUCAGACACAUAUGGCACCGGAUUUCGAGACACCACAACUGGUCCGACGUCUUGACUGGUUCCAUGACGAUACCCUGGUGGCCAGUUAUCAGCAGAACGUGGUCGACGAUCCUUCCCGGCAAUGGUGGGUAGCCGAUGGACGAUUCAGCUUUACCCGUCCCUUCUACGGUCUUCGAAUCGCCCCGAUCCUACCCGAAGAUUCUGGAAUGUACCGAUGUCGACUGGAAACCGACCCGCUCUUCGCCCUCACCCUCUCGACCGCCUUCGUCGAAUUGGCUGUGAUGGUCCGGCCAGUGGCUCCAUCCAGUCCUGAAGUGAAAGCGUUUUCGAACAGAUCUGUAACCUUAGCAUGGAAUCACAACACUGCCCGAGCUCAUCGUCCCAUCAUACGAUUUUCUGUGAUGGUCAGAGCAAUCGAAGAUGACUCACGAUUUGUGAUGCCGGCACCGUCAAAUGCUACCACAGUCAUAGUUGAUAAUUUGUCUCCGGAUACUCUAUAUGCUUUCGCGGUUCGAGCUGAAAAUGCAGCCGGUCAUAGUCCAUUUGGACCAGAAACACGGUUUCGGACACUUGGUGAACCUCCAACCUCUGCACCUGCAAUACUGGGAAUUCGAAAUUCAACCGAAGGCUGUGUUUCCAUAGCUGUGGAACCACCGAAUAUGCAUGGCAAACUGAAUGGCUAUCACUUCCUGAUACUCAGAUUGAAUGACAAUGAACCGAGGAGAGAGUUUUUUCCCGGAAACAUGAGCGGGCCAUACACUAUCUGCCGACUGCAACCACAUACCUCUUAUGCGCUUUCCUUAGAAGUAGACAACGGGUUUGGCAGAUCUCCCCCAGCCAGGCAACUGUUCCAAACUGAUGAAAGCAUACCAAGCGGUGCUCCAGCAGACAUCCGGGUUACUCCUGUCAUCGGUACACCUUCAAUCAUGGUACACUGGAGAAAGCCCAACAAUUCAGGAGUGAUCACACAUUAUCACCUCUAUCAUAAGAUGCGCGGACAUGCGAAGUGGAAAGUCGAUCACCUUAGUGUCACCCGACCCGAACAAACCUCGUACAAAUUCGAGCUUGCUGGACUUGCGCCAUCGACCAAGUACCACUUCCGAUUGUCAGCUUCAAGCUCAAAGGGAGAAGGACAACGAAGCGUUGAACAUGUUGCUACUACUGAUGUCGUGGUUCCGCCACCACCAGAAAUUACUCAACUCACCUUUGAUUGCAAAAAUGGCAUCACACUUCAAUGGACAAGCACAGCAAGCCAUAUUUGUCAUGUGGAACUGAGAAAUGAGACCAACGUUCGGCUUUUCAAUACAACGGCUCUCAAGAUUGAUAUCGGCGAUCUCACACUGCAAGAUGAGUACAGAACAAGAGUACGAUGCUCUGCAAGGAGUACUGUAGACAAUCAAACGCUUCUCACUGGUGAAUGGGGGCAAGAACAGCGAUUCGUUCUCAAUCAGCAAUGCUCCUAUCAAUCGUCUGUAUGCUCACCAAAUAGCAAGUGCUUGAGAUUACGAGAUAGUUCCUCCUCUCCUAGAUUUUCCUUGCUCGUCGCCGGUGCUGCUUUAUUCCUCUUUGUAGUUCUUUGCUUUCUGAUCAUCUAUUCGCUCAAAGGAAAAUGCCUCGAUAUCAAAGCGCUCAUCAAGAAGAAGGAGAAGUGCGUUUACCUGGAGGAACUGAGCCCACUUGUUUAUGAUUCGGCCACAUGUGAUGACAUUCCCGUAGAGCUUUUCUAUGGCUACUGCGAAGAUCUUGCAAGAAACGACAAUGCUAAAUACAAGCAGCAAUUUCAGCAAGUUGAACUUCUGACAUCUUGCGACUGCUCAGAACCGGACAUGCUAGAGAAGAACUUGGACAAGAACAGAUAUCUCAACAUCGGUGCAAUAGAGGCUUCUCGAGUUCGAAUUAACUCCACCACGAACGGGUCUGAUUACAUCAACGCCAAUUACAUCGAUUCUUGUGAGAAACGGAACGCAUACAUUGCCACGCAAGCCCCUCUACCAUCAACUUUUGCCGAUUUCUGGGAGAUGAUGUGGCAGGAAAGAAGUAACAUCAUCGUUGUUAUCACGAAUAUGGUCGAAGAUGGAAGGCGAAAAUGUGACCAGUAUUGGCCAAGUUCCGACAGUACACCUCAAACUCACGGUCAAUAUCAAAUCGGACUCGUUAGCGAAACCUCGAAUACGCACUUUGUACAUAGAAUAUUGACUUUGAGAAUAGCGAAAUGUGUUCCACCGACCGAGCGGCGAGUACAUCAAUUACAUUUCAAAGGAUGGCCAGACCAUGGUGUGCCAGAUACAGUCUUUCCUCUUCUUACAUUUAUGCAUUAUGUAGCUGAGAUACAUUCUACAGGACCAGUUGUUGUGCACUGCAGUGCCGGAGUAGGUCGCUCUGGUUCCUUUAUCCUAGUUGAUAGUAUGCGACGUCACUUGAUCAGCUACAGAAAGUUGAACCUCAUGGGUCACCUCAUUCACAUGCGUAGACAACGAGAGAAACUUGUUCAAACUGUGGAGCAGUACAUGCUUUGUCAUGAAGCUGUUCGACAACUCAUUCGCCAUGGCAUCACACGGGUUCAUUCCGAUCUCUUUCAAAGAUACCUCAACUAUCUCGGAGAAGAAAAUGUGAAUGGUAAAACGCGAAUGCAAGUGCAGUACGAGGAUCUCUGCGAAUGUCGCCACAAUCCAGUGUGUAGUCCUCCGACAGAAUAUAUCACGCUGCCGGGCUACCACCGACCAGAUGAGUUUAUCGUUGCAAAUUGGCCGAAGGAAUGCUCUGAAUUGUGGCAAUUGAUAUGGAGUCAGAACUGUCAGACGGUAGUCUUGUUAGGUGAAGGGGAUUAUUGGACGGGCAUAGAGAAAGUGGACGAUCUUAGCAUACAACAUGGCGAUAAUUUCGUGUUAUUGCAGAACAACGAAGACCAGCUUUGCGUUCGAAUAGUCGUUGUAACUCGGGCGGCCCUCGAGUCGGAUUUUUGGGCCGAAGUCGAGCGGAUACAAAUGGAGCGGCUAGCCUAUCACGACGCUCCUUUGCUCAUCAUCAACCCGAUACGGCCGGAAACGAUCUCAUCAUCUAGUCCACGAAUCUCCUCUGAAGGUGCACAACCACUAAUGCUCAACCAUGUCAACCAUGUCACGUCAAAUAGCUCAACUUUAUCGUUAUCAAUGAUUUACAAUGGUGAACCCUCACCAUCUCUAGCAUACUGCCUUUGUGCCCUUACAUCAUUAGCAUGUCAGCUGGAACAGCAAGGUUGUGUAGAUGUCGUCCUGCUUUUAUCGUCCUAUUCUCACAUCCACUGUGGACUCUGGUCAUCUAGGCAAGAUAUUGAAAUGAUCUACGAAAAAAUGGCGAUCCUCGUCAACACAUCCAGGGUAUAA